AUGGACAAAAUUCAGCAGAUUUUCGAGAAGCAAAUCGAGACUGUGAAGCGCCUCGAAUUGUUUUUAGACAUCCACACAUGCAAAAAGUUUGUGGUGCAAGAUUUAAACGAGCUGCAAAGCGAAACUCAAACCGCCGCGGACCGCCUCAACUGUAUUAGAGAAUAUCUCGAGACGGAUCGUAGAGAAAUGGUGUCCCAGUACGCUGAUGUUAUACGGAAGAUGCGCAUAAAUGAAAUGCUAAUGCUGCAUCUGCUAGAAGUUGGAGAGCCCGUUCGUCCCAAAACCGAAAUCGCUGAAACGCCUGCCAAACACAGAGCCCCAUUGAAAGAGAAAAAUACGGACAUGCCAUCAAAAAUGUAUCUUCUGGACUACUCGAAGUCCCCGUUUGUUUCGCGCACGAAGACGAAGAAAAUGGAAUUUCACGACUUUGAGUGCGACAUCCCGGAAAGCCAAUUUGAAACCAUUCCCAAAUAUUUGCGCGGCAGAAUGCAGCUGGCCGAGCUGAAGCAGUUUCUCGCAACGGAAGUAAUUAAGUGUUUCGAGGAAAAGUAUUCACUAAUGUACAAGACCCGCAAAGCUAUCGUAAACCAGCACGAUCUUGCCAUUUGGAAAGAGUACAACGUUCUGCAGACCCAUUUCCCUGACCAAAAGUUCAUCACACAGGAAGACAUUGCAAGGAAAACUGGGCAAAAAAUGCUGGACAAAAAAAGCUACACCAAGCUUCAAAUGUUGCGCCACCUUCACAUCCUCCAAGAGGCACGCUCUAACGGCGUAGUUUACUUCCUGUGGGUUUACCAAGCAACUGGAGCAUUGUAA